UCUGCGCCUCGAGUUAAAUUAGAAAGCAAAGACCGAACGCAGUUUUACUCAGAGUUAGCUGAGUGGAACGCCUCGCUGAGGAGUGGAGUGGAGUGGAGUGGAGCGGAGUGGAUGAGCACGCAAUGCAAAUAUCGAUGCAGCUGAAGGAUUUCGACUGAAAUAUGUUUCGCCAAUGUGCAGCUGGGAUGCCAGACUCUCUUGGCUAUUCGAUUUCAAUUUGAAGCUCAGAGCGGCGACUGCUUAAAUCGUGUUUUAGAAUGUUCUGUAUAGUUUUACAGUUAGUUUUGCUUUUGUCAGGCAGCUUGAAUCGAGCAGAGGUCUGAAUGGCGCCAUAGAUUCUCGGGAGCAACGGAAAGUCAACAAAGCCCAUUUCAAUAGCCAAAAUUAGAUAUUGCCAAGCGCGCCACAGCCGGUUGAAAGACGAGGAAUAAAUUAAUAAAGAUUUGCAUACUUGAGCAAUCGAUAAGCAGCAUGGGAAUGCGACAGCCCGACUCGGACUGAGCUGUGCAUUGUUACCAAGUUUUGAGCAGUGAGCAGCCCGACACAAAGAACGUGGCCAGCUCGGUGGCUGGGGGCUGUGAAACAAGUUUUGCCUGGUGGCAGCUAGAGCGGCCCUCGUAACUGCGAUAGACAUGUAAAUUAGCCACGAGCCCAGCUGCAAGACACGGCGACCUCACCGCCAACCAGCCAACCAGCCAAGCAGCCAAGCAGCGAACCAGUGAAGCGGCCAAGCAGCUAGUGUCAAAAUGUGCGGCAAUCCCAACACGCGRCUGCUCUCGCGGCUCAUCAUCGACUUUCUGCUCCUCCUGGCCGUCUACGGCGCCGCGCUGGUGGUGCUGCCCCAGCAGCUGACGACGGCUCAGCGCGGCUUCCACUGCAGCGACGCCAGCCUGCGCUAUCCGUACCACCAGCCCUGGCUGACCAAGGCCCACCUGACCUUGGCGGUGGUGGCGUUGCCAGCGGCCUUCAUCUUGGUGGUGGAGAUACUACGGGCUGCUCUACUGCCCAGCUCCGUGGAGCUGCGGCAGCGGUUUGUGUUCGUCGGGGCGCGCAUUCCCAGCUUCAUCAGCGAGUGCUACAAGGUCAUCGGCGUUUACCUGUUCGGCCUGGGCCUCACGCUCCUGGUGAUUAGAGUGACCAAGUUUUCCACUGGCCGGCUGCGUCCGUACUUCUUCGACGUGUGCCAGCCCAGCUGGGUCGACGAGGAGGAGGGGAGUAGGCAGAGCUGCGGCUCGCAGUCCUCAAGCAACGCCACUCGCUACAUCGAGCUCUUCAGCUGCACCGAGUUCGCUGCCUCGCAGGAGCUGCUCGCGCUGGUGCGCCACUCGUUCCCCAGCGGCUUUGCGAGCAGCACUAGCUACGCCAUGGUCUUCCUCAUCUACUACAUGCAGGUCCGGCUCUUUGCGCCCUGGCUGAGGGUGCUGCGCGCCACGCUGCAGCUGGCCUGCGCGGCGAUGGCGCUGCUGGUGUGCCUGGAGCGCCUCUCCACCUACCAGAAUCAUCUGUCUGAUGUAGUAGCCGGCCUGGCAGUGGGCUUCAGUCUGGCCUCGUUCGUGGUCAUCUUUGUGGCCCACCUGUUCAGGGAGGUGCGAGUCAAGCGCCGCCAGUGGCCUCGCAACGAGCAGAUCUACGGCUACGCGGGCUACUACAAUCGCGCCACAUACGGAUACUGAAUGAUUAAUAAAAGAAAAAACCCAUUCGUAAACUUACCGUCUUUUAGCUCUGAUUUAGCCGAGUGACCACCCGUAGCCCAGUUCAGAACCAAUGUAACCCAUCAACGACAAGCUUACGAUCCACACAGCAAGUGAAAUACCUCCGAUCGCAGUCCACACUUAACUUGACUCUCUCUGCACAGCAAACCCUCUCUCUCUCCCUCUCUCUUUAUCCAUCUCUGCUUUGCUACGCUCCAUCAACGAAAAGAAAAAGCAACAAGUGCCAAAGCGAUUUGUUUACAAAUUCAACAAGAGCGAGCGCACGCAUUUGUUUUCGAUCAGUUCCGAUCGGCGAGCGGCGCUUGAAAGUCUCAUUCGGAUCGAUUCAGUGGCAGCAGUCGUAAAGCCAAUAAAAAAUCGCAAAGCUGGAUAUUGCGGACAAUGUGAGCCAUAAAUAGAAAUGAGUGCUAUUAAUAGAAGUUAUAAAACAGGCCGCAGCCAAGCAAUGCAAUGCACACCCACCGACUGCGAAUACAAGGCGAAUCGCUUGUAGUCUAAUCUAGAACUAAGCUAACUACAAGCAUAGUAAAAUACAACUGGGAGAGAAAGAGAGAGAUAAGUGGAGAGACCUUAAAAAACAAUAUGCGAUGAGAGGAGCUCCGUCGCGCAUGAAAUGAUCGUUAAAUUAAAAGAACGUUACCCACUCGAGGCCAGCUCAGUCCGCCGCUGACAACGAACCCCCAACGACGCCAACGAAAUCGUCGGGUA